UCCCCUCCCCCCUUCCCUCCCUUUACUUUUUGUCCACUCCCUUUCCCUUUCUCCUACUAGCACUUUUUUUUUCCUCAUCGUCUCCCCCUCUCUCUCUGGCCCUGCUGUCUCCUCUGACUCUUCUCCUCCUACCUAGUAGUACUUCCAUACUGUCUUAUUAAUGUUUUGUUUUUAGGCCAAAGUGUCCUCCAAAUCAAGGGUAACAAACACCAACUUGUCCUUAGACAGUAUAGACUGAAGCAUGAAAGAUAGUGGGAGGAGAGUGGGUGGAGGAGGAAGCUCAUCACCAUGUGCAGCCUGCAAGCUUCUGAGGAGAAGGUGCUCUCAGGACUGUGUUUUUGCUCCUUAUUUUCCAGCAGAAGAGCCUCACAAGUUUGCCAAUGUUCACAAAGUGUUUGGUGCUAGCAAUGUCAACAAGAUGUUACAGGAAUUACCGGAGCUCCACCGAGGGGAUGCGGUUAGUAGCAUGGUGUAUGAAGCUAAUGCCCGGGUCCGAGACCCGGUUUACGGGUGUGUUGGAACCAUCUCUUCUCUACAACAACAAAUUGAUGUUCUCCAAACUCAAUUGGCCCUAGCCCAGGCUGAGGUGGUGCGCCUACGGCUCCGGUUGAGUGCAUCCUCCAUUUAACUUUUCCAAUCUGUCAUCCCACACAUUCUAUGAACACAAAAUCAAUCACAAAAAAUAUAUGUAGCCAUAGAUGUAUAGCUACAUGUAUUUUUCUUGAUUGGUGUUGUCAUAUGUGAUUGGUAAGUGCUUAUAUCCUAAUUAUCAUAUUUUAAUGUAUGACACUAAACCUACUCGAGUAUUUAAGUAGGUCAAAUCUUCUGUCUCACUCUUUUUUGUUCAUCUGUUUCAAAUCCCCUCUCUACUACAAGAUCAGAGUCAGAUAGAGAUUUUAUAAUAAAAAAAAUGUUUGAGAUAGGAGAAUAUAGAAGAGUAAAGACAGAGUAUCCUAAACAGUAUUAAUGGGCCUUAAUUAUCAUGUCAUAGCAACAUUGUACGUAUAUCUUAGUUUAUAUAUCCCGAAAAGAACUUCAUUUUCAAAUUUA